AAAGUCCUUUUCUGGCUCUGGAGUCACAGCUGGGUUCUCCGCAGUGUCGACGUCUGAGCGCCCUGCAAGCCACAGCAGAGCAGUAAGUUACUACCCUCGGAUAAGGACGUCCUCUCCUUCCUUAAGCUUCCACAGGAGUUGUCUUGGAGCAGAGCCAGGAUGAGUGCCCCGACCCCACCCAGACUCCUUGACCUGGCGGGAAGGCACUUGCUGAGGGCCGAUGACUUGGACGUUUCUACUCUGGAGAGUCUGCCCACGGAGCUCUUCCCGCCCCUCUUCCUGGAAGCCUUUGACGGAUAUCGGACGGAGACCCUAAAAGCCACGGUGCAAACCUGGCCCUUUGUCCGCCUGCCUCUGGGGGCCCUGAUUGACCUGCCUCAUGUGGGGCCCCUACAAGCCGUGCUGGAAGCACUUGAUGUUCUGCUUGCCCAGAAGGUUCGAUCCAGGAGGUGCAAACUGCGGGUGCUAGAUUUACGAAACACGGGCCAGAACUUCUGGAGCAUGUGGUCUGGAGCCAGCAGUUAUGGGUGCUCAGGCUCACGGAUGGCAGCAGUGGCUGAGCCCAGGUCAACGACGAGGCAGCCCUCGACUCCACUGAAGGUUUUUCUAGACCUGUGCCUGAAGAAGAGGACCCUGGACAACUUCCUCACCUACUUCCUUCGGUGGGCGGAGCAGAGAAAGUCUUCCAUCCGCCUGUGUUGCAAGAAGCUGAAGAUCGUCUCAAUGCCAAUGGACAAUAUCGUGAAGGUCCUGAGCAUGGUGCAGCUGGACUGUAUCCAGGAGGUGCACGUGAGUUGCACCUGGAGUCUGUCCACCCUGGCCACACUGGCUCCUUUCCUGGGUGAGAUGAGUAACUUGCAGAGACUCCGUCUCUCCCACGUCCACGUGUCCGCCUUCAAGAAGCAGGAGCACGAUCACGUUGUGCAAAUCACCUCCCAGUUCCGGAGGCUGGGCCACCUCCGGGAUCUCCAUCUGGAGUCUCCUUCCUUCCUUGAAGGCUGCCUGGACCAGAUGCUCAGGUGCCUGAAGUCCCCCUUGGACAGCCUGUCAAUAACCAAGUGCUGGCUCACAGAAUCGGACUUGACCCACGUGUCCCAGAGCCCAGACAUCAGUCAGCUCAAGAGCCUGGAUCUCAGCGGUGUCGCCAUGACUGACUUUCGGCCUGAGCUCCUCCACGUUCUGCUGGAGAAAGUCGCAGCCACCCUCCAGGAACUGGACUUCGAUGCGUGUGGGAUCACGGACUCCCAGCUGCAGGCCUUCCUGCCUGCCCUGAGCCGCUGCUCCCAGCUCAGGGCCGUCAGCCUGUGUGGGAACCUCCUGUCCACGGCCGUCGUGGAGAAGCUGCUGCGACACACCGCUGUGCUGCCCUGUUUAAGGCAAGAGCGCUAUCCCGCCCCUCAGGAGAGUUACAGCGCCCGGGGCGUUCUCCUGGAAGCGAGACUUGCCCGGCUUCGGGCUCAGCUGUUGGAGAUUCUGAGAGACUUGGGACGUCCCAGGAUCAUCUGGAUAAGCCUCAGCCCCUGUCCUCGCUGUGGGGAGGACGUAUGCCAUCACAUGGAGCCCAUUGUAUACAGCUGUCCUGCCCCUGCCUAGGGGGUGGCCUCUAUCAGAAGCUUUCUUCUGUGCACCUUGCCACUGAGAUCUAGAACUUGGGGACGUCGUGAAGGCAACACAGACCCGGGGUUGCAGACAUCUGUUCAACGCGAAUGGGAGAAGGAACCGUGUUAGUAGGGCGGCAGAGGGCCGGCGGUGGCGCAAGAUGGCAGGGGGGAAUGAUAGAGUCUGGGAGGGGAUGGGACGUUCACGUACAUGUGCUUUUAGACUCUGAUAUGAACCCGCGUGGGUCCACGUUGGGAGACCCACGUGUUAGAGUUACUCCUGGGGAGAAAGUUGUCGAGAAAUGGUCAGGAAAUCACGUAUGACACCCCUCAUAUGUGGAAUCCAAAAGGAGAUGACCCAAAUGAACUUACUUGCAGAAACGGAAGGACUCACGACUUAGGAUAUGAACUCCUGGUUUGUGUGUGUGUCUGUGCGGGGAGCGGGGCGUGGGUGCGUGGGAGGAAUGGUUGUGCCUUGAGGGAAGUCACGUACACACCACUGUGUUUAGACUGGAUAACCACCGGGAACCUAUCGUAUCGCUCAUGGAGCUCUGCUCAAAGUUUUGUGCCGGCCUGGAUUGGAGGGCUGAUCUGGGGAGAAUGGAUACGUGGGUUAUCUAUACUGAAUCCCUUGGCCGUUCACCUGAAACUAUGGCAAGCCUGUUAAGUGGCUACAUCCCAACACAGAAUGCUUUCGGUGUUAAACAAACACAUUUUUGAAGCAGAGAACUUGUCAAGAAUAAGAAGAUGCUCCAGGUUACCAAAGAGGAAGGAAAUCUAAAAUGAGAGUGGAUACAUGCACGGAUAUCACUUAUUGAUUAUGCGGUAUAGCAAGAAAUGUAUAGGACCUUCAAAAGCAAAUCUACACCAAUAAAAAGUAAUCAAAUGAAAUAAAGAAACACCCGUGGAAAAUCUA